AUGGUUCUUCACUCUGAGGACAAGGUUCCUCACGCUGAGGACAAGGUUCCUCACACUGUGGACAAGGUUCCUCACGCUGAGGACAAGGUUCUUCACUCUGAGGACAAGGUUCUUCACUCUGUGGACAAGGUUCUUCACGCUGAGGACAAGGUUUUUAACCCUGUGGACAAUGUUCCUCACCGUGAGGACAAGGUACUUCACUCUGAGGACAAGGUUCUUUACUACGAGGACAACGUUCUUAACACUGAGGACAAGGUUAUUCACUCUGAGAACAAGGUACUUCACUCGGAGGACAAGGUUCUUCACUCUGACGACUAGGUUCCUCACACUGGGGACAAGGUUCUUCAAUCUGAGAACAAGGUUCCUCACACUGUGGACAAGAUUCCUCACUUUGAGGACAAGGAUAUUUAA